UUGAAAUAUUUUGAAAACAUACCUCACGUAGGACGAUUGCAAAGUUAGUUGAAACGUUACAGACUUCAGUGAAAUUUUCGGAAAAAAUAUAGUUAUUCGGUUAUAAAACAGCUGAUUUGCAAUGACAACUGCAAAAAUAGACCAAAAAGAGUACCUCAAGCGAUAUCUCUCCAAUGACAAGGACAAAAAGAAGAAGAAAAAGAAAAAGGACAAAUCGGCUGGCAAAACAAACGUACGAAUUAUAGACGCGGAUGAUUUCAGUUCCACCGUUCAGCAUGAAGCCAUCGAGGACGAAUCGGACCUGUUCGGACUGGGUGAGGAGGCGCCCCAAAUCGUAGGCGUCAUAGACGAACGGCCGCCGGAGCUGAAGGCCCGGGAAGAUUUCAGCAGCAACAAGUGGCGGAAGCUUGCGGCUGAUGACGGUGGCGGUGGCGGAGGCUGGGGAAAUACGGGAAAUGUGACGGCUGGGUCGAGUAGAGCAGCCACGGAAAGGGAUUUCGGGAGAACAUCGAGGCGACGAGAUUUGGAUGAAAGUCCCCCGAGGAAAAAGCAGUCCAGCAGGAGGAGAGAUUCCGACGAAAGUCCUCCCAGGAGAAAGGGAGCGAGUCCUGUUUAUCCUUCAAAGCGAGGCAAAGGGUACGAUUCGGAUCACAGCCCACCCAGAAGGAAGACUGACGAUCGAUCCAGAAGAAGGGAUUCCGACGAAAGUCCACCGCGACGCUCUCAGAAAGAUCACCGGAAACGUAAAGAUUCGGACGAGAGCCCUCCAAGGCGAAAGCCAAGAAGACAGUCUGACUCAGACAAAAGUCCUGCUAGGAAGCGUCAAGACGAUUCACGACAAGGAAGGAAACGAAAGGAUUCGGGUUCUGAUCAGAGUCCCCCAAGACGUACUUCCAAAAAGUCCGAUCACGAUCGGGUGCGAGUGAAACAGGAACGAAGUCCCUCACGGGUAUCGGAGUUCAGCUUGCGGCGAGUGAAACAGGAACCGCCGGACUCUGAUGAAAGUCCUCCCAGAAGAGGAAAAAAUCGAUCGCCGGAUUCCGAUCAAAGUCCACCCCGUCGAGUGAAACGUGAACCGGAUAGCAGUCCGUCGCGGGUAAGAAUCAAGCGAGAACGAAGAAGCGAAUCCCCUCGGGCCGGACCAUCAUCAUCGUCGUCUCGAAAGAUGACCACCACGCUGGAUGGAAAACGGGCCGGACUGCAGGACGCCCGCGCUCUGAAGGAGGAAACGGAAAAGUUCCGUCGGCGGGAAGCUGAGCUUUUUGAUCGGAUGUCCGCCGAUGCAUCCGGUCGGUAUGCUAAAACGGUGGUCCGUGAAAAGUCCGGCAAGCGACGGGACGUGGAGGAAGAACUGCGCAAGGAAUUUGAAAAGCGGAAGCGAGACGACAAGAAGAAGGAGAUCUAUACCCGUUGGGGAAAAGGUGUGAAGCAAGUGGAGGAAUACAAAACUCAACUGGAAGAGGCGGCCCACGAGAUGAAUAAGCCGCUGGCCCGGUACAAGGACGAUGAAGAUCUGGACGAGUAUCUGAAGCAGCAGGAACGAAUCGGUGAUCCAAUGCUGGAUUACAUCAGAAGCAAGAAGAAGGAAAAAGAUCGACAAGAAGGCCGCCCGCAAAAGCCGGUCUACAAGGGAGCGUUCCCGGACAAUCGGUUCGGAAUACGGCCCGGAUAUCGCUGGGACGGCGUCGAUCGGUCCAACGGCUUCGAGAAGAAAUGGUUCGAGAUGAUGGGCAAGAAGAAGGCCGUCGAAGAGGAAGCUUACAAGUACAGCGUGGAAGACAUGUAAAUUUUUGUAAGUAUUCUUUAUUGAUUUAUUUUUAUUCAAAAGGAGGUAUUGAAAGUACACUGCUCAACCACAGUCCA